AUGUCUUUAGUCGCUUAUGGCAGCAGUGAUGAGAGCGACUCAGAAGAAACGAGCUCUCCUCCGCAAAGUAAAGGACUUUUCUCAGUGCUUCCAGCUCCCAAAAAGAAGACCAGUGCUAUCAAAGCAAAUGCAUUACCAAAACAAAAACAAAGUAUCCCGUCAGAUAAAAGCGCCGCUGAUGAUGGCUCCAUCUCUCAGAGCAAAGGAAGUCUGUUUGCCAGUCUGCCCAAGCCCAAGAAACGAAAUGAACCUGUCAGAAUUUCUGCUCCUCAGAUUCAGAAGCGAGACUCAGACUCUGAUGAGGAAGAACCAGCAAGAAAGAAAAAAGUAAAGGUUGCUGGUGGCACAGGUCUGUCGUCUCUGCUGCCACAGCCCAGAAACAUGAGCGUGAGGGACACUGAGCGGCCACUUAUUCCCUACACUCUGACCAAACGGCAGGAGCCUAAAGUGGCCAAGCCCAGCGCUCCUUCAGCCCUGCUCAGCUCCAGUGCCUCUCCCUCUGCCAUCAAAGCUGCUGCCAAGUCCGCCGCCAUGCAGCUCGCUAGACAAAUUGCGAGCGACGAUCAUGACGAGGAGGAAAUAGGCCCCGGGAAUUACUUUUCACUUGAAAAUAACUCCCAGCCUGCUCCUGCUGCAGAGGUGGUAGCAGAGUCCAAACCUGUGAUAGACCCCGUUCAGUUUGGGGCAGAAGGACCCGGACCCUCAAACGCACCACUGACCUUUGGGGCAAACGCUGAAGAAGGUGGUGCGUGGGGAGGACAAUACCGGACUGAUCCAGAAACGUAUUCUCAGGAAUAUUACAAUCAGCCAUAUUACGAAGAUCCUAAUGCUGAGCAAGAUCCUAAUGUUCAAGGGGUUCAAGGAGACCAGGAAACUGUAGAAGCUGAGGAGCCUGGGAACUCGGCCAUGUUUGAUGAAGAAGCAUUCAUGAGGUUACAAGGGAAAAGAAAUCGAGGAAAAGAAGAGAUCACUUUCCUGGAGAUUAAAGGUGACGACCAGUUGAGUGGGACGCAGCAGUGGCUGACAAAGGCCAUAACUGAGGAACAAACACGGUCAUCUUUCAGCAAGAAAAGAGGAGGAAUGCCGACUGGACAGCAAAGACGCAAGCAUCAAAUCACAUACCUCAUUCAUCAGGCAAAGGAGCGGGAGAUAGAGCUCAAGAACACCUGGGCAGAGAACAAGCUAACUCGACGACAGACCCAGGCCAAAUAUGGCUUCUAA